AGCACUGCGUCAUUGUUAUUGUGGUAGUCAGAGCACCAGCUGGCUACACUGAUUUCGCCACCAUUUCGUUAAAUAUAGGCAUUUAAAACCGCGCAGCGAGAUAACCAAGAGGUUUAUAUCACCAGGAUGUCGCAGCAAAAGGAAAUACCAUCUGACGAGAGUUUGCAAGGCUCCUGGGUUGAGCUGCACUUCAGCUCUCAGGGUGUGAGUCCUCACGGAAGCCAGGAGCAGAUCCCCACAUCGAGCCUUGAGGGGGACGUGGAGAAAAUGCUGCUGGAUGCACAGCAUGAGUCAGGCAGGAAUAGCUCCAGAGGAAGCUCACAAUGCAACAGCCCACUCAGAGCACAGACCCCACUUCUUUUGUGGAGAGGCUCAGAGGGAAACAGCUCACAGUCGGAUGAGGACUACCAAGAGAGAAGACGGGAAGUAGAGAACCUGAUGAAGAAAAAUGCUGACUGGAUCUGGGACUGGUCCAGUCGACCUGAAAACAACCCACCAAAGGAGUUCCUGCUGAAGCACCCCAAGCGCUCAGCCUCUCUCAGCAUUAGGAACACCAGUGUCAUGAAGAAGGGAGGCGUUCUCUCAGCUGACUUUCUGAAGCUUUUCCUCCCCUCGUUAAUCAUUUCUCACAUACUUGCUGUGGGCCUAGGAAUAUACAUUGGGAAGCGCCUGACCUCUCACCACACCUACUAAGUAGGAUGGAGAUGUGUUGUGACACCUGUUACAUUGAUGUGACCAGCUUGGCAUGCCUUAAAAUGGGACUUUCUGAAGAUAAAGGGAGAUGUGGCCAUGUGACACACCCCACUUUAGUUGAUUGUGCCAUAUCACACACGUAAUCAUGGAGAAUCAAGGAUCAGUCAUUGCUGUCUUACUGUUGUGUCUACUUCUGUACUCAACAAUGACCAAUCCUCUGUUCCUUGCAGUAGUGCCCACCCUAGCCCGGUGAUGACUGUUUUGCUGCUUCCAGUUCCGUACAUCUGCAUGUUUGGGAACCGACAUGCUUUGUUCAAUGAAAAUUCUGUUGCUUUAAAUCAAUCUGCUGUCUGUUGAUUCUUGUAUGUUUUGUUUCUUUUACACAUCAUCAAUAGAUGAAAGGAAAUUCUGUAUUUUGACUUGUACUUUUUCUAUGCCGAAGGGAUCAUUGCUGACCGAUUGUUUAAAAAAUAUCCUCCAUUAAUGAUUGCUCAAUUGCAAAUGUAACAUGCAACAGGAAUACUGAUAUUAUGAUAUAUAUAUCUAUAUAUAGAUAGAUAUAUGAAACUCUAAAUAUGGUAGCUUAUGCAGCAGUUAGUCCAUUUUUCCUCAAGACAAAAUAAAGAUUGAAAACAUGAUUGUAUUCA